AUGGAGGUGCAAGCCCCGUGUGGUGGUGGCAGCGCCGGCGAAAGCAGGUGGUCGCUGGGAUCGUCGCUCGCUGUUAGGAACGUGCAGGAUCUCGUGUCGUCGUGCGCCGCCGACGAGCUCACAGCCGAUCUCCUGAACGCUGAGACGGUGGAAGCGGAGACCGCCAAGCUGAAGCUUGCCUGCGAGGAGUGGGGCUUCUUUCAGGUUUUGAAUCAUGGAGUACCAGAUGAGGUCAUCGUGGGCAUAAAGCAGAACAUUCACAAGUUCUUCGAGCUUCCCCUCGAUGUGAAGAAUGCUUACGCACAGCGUCCAGGAGAUUUGCAAGGCUAUGGACAAGCCUUUGUUUUCUCCGAUGAUCAAAAGCUUGACUGGGCUGAUAUGUUUGGGCUCUUCACCCAGCCCACUCAGGCCCGUGAUAUGAGUUACUGGCCGAGUGAACCUCGUACAUUCAGGAAUUCCAUUGAAGAAUACACUUCUGAAUUGAUGAAACUUUCUCACUCAAUUGUCACCUUCAUUGCCAAAACACUAGAUUUUGAUCCAGAGUUGAUGGCAGACAAAAAUGUGGGACAAUUUCUGAGGAUGAACUACUACCCUCCAUGCAUGUCAACUCCUGGAAAGGUUUUGGGUUUCUCACCACAUUCUGAUGCAUCUUUUAUAACUAUCCUGUUAGAAGUUAAUUCCGUUCAAGGGCUACAAAUCAGACGGCGUGGUGCAUGGAUCCCAGUGAAACCACAUGGUGAUGCAUUAUUGGUGAAUGUGGGUGACUUUCUUGAGAUUAUGACGAAUGGGAAGUACAAGAGCAUUGAGCAUAGGGUCACAAUAAAUGCCCAUAAGGAACGGCUGUCCAUAUCAGCGUUUCAUGUGCCAAAGUAUGAUGGGAUAGUUUCACCAGUUUUGGGUAAUACAGAAGAGAAAGUGUUAUACAAGACAACGAUAGUAGAGGAGUAUGCAAGACUUUAUUUGUCAAGUAAGCGAGAUGGAAAGAGGACCCUGGAUCAUGCAAUGCUGUCCUAA